AUGCCACUUAAGACAAAUUUCACCUUUGUGCUUCGUGUUAGGCUCGAGGAAUGACAUAAAUCAACAUGUUUUGUCUGUAUUGGAUAAUGUUGUUGAGUGUAGUAGAGGAGGUAUGGGGUCGAGCGCGACUAGUGGAGCCACCAAUGAGAUCAAGUUUAUGGCGGGAAGGUAUCAGCAAUGUUCAUAUUAACUAUGAUGAUAAUCAUGUUAACUGUGGUGGCUUUGACUACCAGUGGAAGACUGCACAGGGAAGUUGUGGUGCUUGUGGUGAUCCACUGUAUGGACCAUACAAACACGUGUAUCCUGGAAAACAUGCCACAGGCAUUGCAUUGCGACACAUUUCCAAAGGAGAUGUGCUAAACGUAACCGUGUUUGUAGAUAUGAAUCAGAUGGGGUAUUUUCAGUUUAAUUUCUGUCCACAAACAGACCUUUACAGUUUUGUUGAUCUUGGACUAUGCUUUUCGAAAAAUCCCUUGACUGUAUGGGAGACAAAUUCCUCCAGAUAUUAUGUAGGUAGUGCUGGUGGUUUAUUAAGCCUUCAUCUGAUACUUCCGGAUGCAUUACAAUGUGAAAAUUGUGUACUACAGUGGGUAUACGUCACAGGUUACAGAACUGGUAACGAUAUACAGUCGUGCAGAGAAUGUCUAGGGUGUGGACCACAGGAAACGUAUAUCAACUGUGCUGAUUUUGCCGUCCACGCGACGUCUCCUCAAAUUGCGGAGUCACCUACACUGGUUCUUAAUCCCGGAGGGCUUCUUUCAGGAGGUCCAUCUAAUCCAACACCCCAUACAGAAGCAAUCGCUAAUCCGGGAACAAAUAGUUCUGCAUUUCAAUCAGAAACGGUGAUAAAUUCAACAGUCAACUCAACACUUGCUUUAGAACCACUACUACGACUGAAAUCAAUAGCUUCCAUGACUCCGAUUGUCUCACAAACGACAGAAUCGAAUUCCACAAUUGAAACUCCUGUUACUACCAAUUCAACAAGUCAGCAAUUGGAAUCAUCAAAUAAGACAUCAAACACAUAUAAUUAUUCAGGCUCAGCAAAUUCAGGUGUAACCGAUAAACUGCCGUCUGUUCAAAAAAAGGAAAACACCAGCGCUCCACCUAUACAGAUAGAGUCACGGCUUACAUCAGUGACCCCGCCUUCUGAAACAAAACCGACAGGAACAUCUCGUGGUACACCAGAAAGCAUAAAUUCGACAUCCGGACUGAUAGUAAAAUCCAGUUUGGCGACCCCUGCCUCCAAACAGUCAGGUAUGUCACCUGAAAUCAGUAAGAAGGAAAAUAGUGUGACUCGUCCUGUUUUAGAAUCUUCCCCAUCCUCCAAUUAUGUACACGCUGGUGUUGAGAAGAAGGCUUUGCUGUCAUCGUUAGCUAGUCCUGUACCAACAAAUGUAAAUGCUCUAGAAAAAACACCUUCAGAAGUAGAUAACAGGACUCCUUCGGGGAAUGAUACAGGUGGAACGACAGUGAGUUCGAAUUCUCAACAUGGGUCUGCUGUUUUAAACGAGCAUGCUAAUGUACCCGGUUUUAGUGCCAUCAAUAUCGAUGUGCAUAAAGAAGUGUGCCAAGCAAAUUCAACAAGCCUAGUUUGUGAGCCACCAGAGCGUUCCGUGUGGUGCAGAAAUAAUUGCAGGACUAACAGAGAAUGUCCAAAGGUAGACUGCAGGUGUGCGUGUGUGUUCGGGGACGGUCGAAAAUAUCCCAUUGCUCCCAACCCUGUUACGAUCGUUGUGAGAUCUACAACCUUAACGAAAAAAGAUAUGGUGCCCAAAGUGCCUUGUUAUAAACCGAAGCCCCACUGGCUCAUGAUAACCGGGAUUCGUUCGUAUUGUAGUGACCAUUGUCCAGGAACAGCAUGUAGUAUAUACUGUAGACGUUCUUUGUGUUAAACAGAUCUGAACUGAAGUGAUCAUGUUGUGGUCGGUGAACAGUCAAUUGCUAAAAAAAUCAGAAUCUCUAUGAUACAUGCAUAUCAUUAAAGAUAUAUACUAUGCCGUUUUAAACUGUAUGUAAUGUUUGGAUAAAGAGGCAUUGUCAUAAAUGUACAUAUAAUUGAUUGGCAGAAUCACUGACCUACUAUAUUUCACAAGAGUUUUAUAUAAUCCCUGAAGACCUCUCAAAAUUUAUACAACGAAUAAACUGAAAGAUUAUUCCAGACCAGGCAACUAAAUCUAAAAUCUAAAAUUUACUUUGAACAUUUCCGAUGUAUCUGUAUUGAAGUCAAAACCAAUGAGCUAACGCCUCUUUAAUCUUUAAAUGUAAUCUUAGAAAUGGGACACUUAACUCUGCAAUAUAUAAUGGACAAUAUGACUUUAUAUUUUCAUUAUUACAACAUAUUGUUCCAAUUGUCUAUCCUGAAAUAAAAACAAUAACCGUUUUCAAAUGAUUUAGGUUAAAUGACUUCAGAAGAAAAUAUAUCAAGUUAUCAUACUAUUAAGUGGCACCGCGAGCAAUGUGUGUGUGAGAGGACAAAUUCAAUUCAAGACUCUUCUCUGUUUCACUUUUUAUAUACAUUUUUUUUUCUGACGAAGACCAUUUGCCCGAAAUGUGAUUUCAAAUUUCUCAGAAAAGUCUGGGAGCUAGAAAGAUUCGCUCAGGGCGCAUUUAUAAAGCUUAGAACGGUUAUGAUAAUUUGUGAAUAUAGAACCAAUCUUCUAGUUGAGUAUGAAUUGUUAAUUAGACAUUAAUUAACUUAUCCAGAUCAUAAUCAACUCUCGAUGCCAUCGCUAGCCUGUGAUGUUUACUGGAAUUGAAUACAUUUUGUGAUAAAUGGAUUUGAAUACAUUUUGUGAUGGAUGAUUUAACGUCAAAAUGAAUAAUCUGGACUUUGUUUUUUAUAGUACCUACUUUAGUAAUGAUGAUCGAGGCUAGGCCUAAAAUUCAAUUUGACUGAAAUUUUCAGCACAUUCUCUUUACGUUAUCUAUCUUUUAACUAUUAUAGCGAAAACUGUCAGUACUUUAUCGAAUCUCCCAUAAUGCUCCUUUAACCCGAUAGUAAUAUGAGUGUAUUUUAACUGUAAAACAAGUUCGUUAAUCCAUGAUGUAUGUAUUUAG